ACCUUGCUCUGGAGUCUGGACUCUUGAGCCGCGCUUCUCAACAAAAUUUCCAAACGACCGGCGCUGCUACACUAAAAAGAUGAGUUCUUCUGAUCUUAAUAGAAAGCAGAAGACGAAGAAGACAAAUACAAAACCUGUUCAGUUAAACCCUAAUUGGUCACUUCUCCAACAAAAGCUGAAAUCUGAUUAUCAUGGAAACAAGGGAAACACUCGAAAAUCGUUUAGUAAUGACAGCCCAGAUAAUCCCAGCUCCAUAUUAGGGAAGCGGAAAGAGAGACCUGAUUCAGAGGUUGAUGUUCCUAAGAUUGAUCCCUUAACUCCAGUUAACGACGAUUCGAGUUUGACAGAUGAAGUGGCUAUGGACUGUGAAAUGGUUGGUGUCGGUCAAGGAACCAAAAGUGCUCUUGGACGAGUUACCUUGGUUAACAAAUGGGGAAAUGUUCUAUACGAUGAGUUUGUCCGUCCAGUGGAACGUGUUGUUGACUUUCGUACACAUAUUAGUGGGAUUCGACCUCGAGAUUUGAGGAAAGCCAAAGAUUUCCGCGUUGCUCAGACCAAAGUAGCGGAGUUGAUAAAGGGAAAGAUUCUAGUGGGACACGCCUUGCACAACGAUCUCAAGGCUUUGCUGCUAACACACCCCAAACAGGACAUAAGGGACACAGCUGAGUAUCAGCCCUUUCUCAAGGGCAAACCAAGAAAGUCGUUGAAACAUCUCACAUCUGAAAUUCUAGGAGCUGACAUCCAAAAUGGAGAGCACUGCCCUAUUGAUGAUGCACGAGCAGCUAUGAUGCUUUACCAGAAGCACAGACAAGAGUGGGAGAAAAAUGUGAAAGACCAGACACGGAUGUGGCUGAAACAAACGAAACGUAAGCCUAAGAAGAAAGUAAAACAAGGGAACGCUUCCACCAAUGACAGUCCACUUGUUUGAAUCAAUCAGCGAAAGCAAACAUGACUAAACAGAAACCAAGAAUCGCUGAAAAGUUUUGGUCUUUUUCCUUUCUUUUGAUUGUUGUCGGCAUCAGGCGCACACAAAUGUACUAUCUUGUUGUGUACAAGUUCAUCACAAUGUUAUACCAUAUUGAUAUUAGCUCAUGUAUUAUUGUUAAACGAAACAAUACAUUUUUGGAGGUUCUGAAGUUAA